AAGCUCCUAUACACGUACAAUAGAUUGCUUUACGAUGGGCAGUGCUGCAAGAUGCCUGACACAGUUCUUUGCAUACCCUCUUGAUCAGGAGACUGCAGCAGUGACAUGAUCACCGGAGCUUUGGGAGCUUUGAUCCUCCUUUUGGGCUGUUGGGCGCAGCAUUUGGGGCAUGAGGAGGCCAAGGCGAAAUGGACCACACUGGGCGAAUGGCUGGCACUCCGGGGUGGCUACCUCCACCGGGGCUUGGAGCCAUCAUUGGUAUCACAUGGAGGUCUUUCGAUGAUGGGUAUCGUCUCCACUGUCCUCUUGCCUGAGGGAGCUGUCGCCAUUGAACUUCCCCGCUUGGCUUUAUUGGACUUGGAGCUGUUGGGUUCGAUUCCCGAGUACCUGGAUUUGGCUUCAUCUACACCGAGUUGUUCAAUUUCGAGUGGCUUCCAGCGAUCGAUGAGAAACCUCAAGCUGCUGACGAUCCUGGCACGGGAGAAGGCGAAAGGUCCAGCCUCCGACUUCGCUUCAUAUUUGGAGUUAUUGCCCUCGAAGGUCAACCUGGAGGAAAGUGACGUCUACUAUGCAGGUGAAGAUCUUCUGAAAGACUUCAAGGUUCUUCCUGUGAUAAAUUUUUGGCGGCGUAUUCAGGCUGAACACUACAAGGAGCUCGAAAGCUGCUUCGAGGCUCUAAAGAUGCAACGCCCCAUGGAAACCGCGGGGGUGUUGUGGAAGGAUGUUGAAGUGCUGCUUCGAACUCACCGGAGCCGAUAUUUUGCUAUCUCCCAGCCCAGCUUAGAAUUUCUGGGUCCAGGUGCUGACUGGGUCAACACCGGGACCCGCACUGAACAGAAUGUCAAAGCGGUUUUGACCAUCAGUGGCAAACACCAAGAGAUGACGCUGCAGUUCGUGGCCUCACGAGAUCUAAAGCCUGGCGAGGAAUUGAUUCUGAGCUACUUUACCGGCUUGGAUAACGAGGACAUCCUCUUCCGGUGGAACAUGUACUUGGAAGGAAAUGACAUCAGCCUCGAUGCCGGGGAUACAGCGACUGUUUGUUCAGCUGGCGGCCAGGACCUGCGUUCUGCCAGCCUGGAAAUGCUGGAUCUCAAUGUCGAAAGGCAAGUUCCAAGGUGCCGAGAUUCUGGAAAGAGGCAAGGGGUGCUGCGCUGUUCUCUCGCUCGCCUGGCAUAUGAACUAUGUGUUGGGAGCUGGUUUCCUGAACGCAGCGCGGUGAAUCCGGCACCUCAGACCCCAGCUUCGCGCUCCAAAGGUGAUCGAGUUGCAGGCUAUUUGAUCAUGUACUCUAUGAUUCUCAGGAGCAGAGGUGAUCGUGCCGGUGCCAAAGAAGCUUUGAAUGAUCUAUUCUCCAGGGCCGAGAAGGGCCUAGCUGCCGCAUCAUUGGUCGAUGCCCACCUCCAAAUGGCAGAGUGGCUGCUCGAAGAAGAGGAGUUGCAGGAAUCGGAGAAGCACAUCCUGGCCGCAAUGCGCGUUCGAGAGGAAGCCAAAGCUUACUUCAAUCACGGUCUCAUUUUCUUGGCGCGUGGCGAUUCGCUCAAUGCCUUGCAAAGCUUUCGGCGAGGGCGUCAGCUGAGCGAGCCCGGCAGUGCGGUGGAAGCUGAGUGCGCCAGAAUGCUUCAGAAAUCUUUGGGAGCCUUGGGUCUCACAGGACCUAGUGCUACCCGCACUGAGCGUGCACAUCCUUUAUAUUACAAUCAGUCCAAUGUCCUGAGUACGCUCCUUGUGGGAUGAUGGUCAUGCAAGUUUGACUGAUCUUGAUGCAAGCUGUCGUCUAUGUACAUCGCCAACGGGCUGCACCAAGAUUAACACUAUGACGCCAUGACCAUUGGUUGGAUACGAUGGCCGCUGUCAAAUCGUUUGACAUCUUCGGUCACGAAUCCCAGUCUUUGAUCUCGAUGUGACCAGGUUUCAUCUCGAUGCAGGAAGGUUCCAAAUGGCAGCUUUGGUGGCUGAAGCACCUGCAGAUUUCUCAGAGACUGAGUGCAAAUGCCAAGAUUCGAAUACAUUUGCUACAAGUUAGCGUGGAACUGGAGUAUCGGACCCGAUUGGAUCUAUGAAUUUGUCCAACCGACCAGCGAGCCUUUGGAGAAGAUGGUCACCUUGCCCAUGAAGGAUCCUGGCUGGCAACCUGCUUCUAGCCUGCUGGUCGGAGCUCAGCACAAGAGAGAGAGAGAGAGAGAGAUCUCUCGUGACCCACUGCAACUGAAUCUAAAGGGCUGGGCUGGGCAGACCCUUUGAGAUUGUCCACCGCGCUGUGGUUGCUACACCUCAGUCGGUGCGCAAGCACAAGCAGUGAA